AUGUUCUGCAAGGAAGUGGAAGACUGUGGCCACCACCACCACCACGAGAACAAGCGCCACCGCUACAUAUUCAUAGGCAUUCUUGCCUUCAUCAUCACCAUUCUGGUGGUAAUCUUCCUUGUAUGGAUCAUUUUACAGCCCCACAAGCCUAGGUUCAUCCUUGAAGAUACUACCAUCUAUGGCUUGAAUCUUUCAGACCCAAAUUUCCUUUCUUCUAACAUGCAAGUUACCAUAGCUACCAAAAACCCCAACGACAAGGUUGGUAUAUUCUAUGAAAAGCUUGACAUUUAUGCUUCUUAUCAUAACCAACAGAUAACCCUGGCAACUGAACUACCUACGACAUACCAAGGUCACAAUGAUUUCUCAGUGUGGUCUCCUUUUCUGAAUGGUAAUGUUGUGCCAGUGUCUCAAUCUCUUGCUGUUUCUCUUAGCCAAGACGUGAAUGCUGGGUUUGUGCUGUUGAAUGUCAAGAUUAAUGGGAAUCUAAAAUGGAAGGUUGGUUCUUGGUUGUCUGGCAAGUACCGAAUAUUCGUGAAUUGCCCAGCUUACAUAACUCUUGGCAGCCAGAGUAAUGGAAUCAAUGUCGGAACAGGGAUCAAGUAUCAGAUUGUACAACAUUGUCAUGUUGAUGUAUAA